AUGCCUUUUUCAUCUCAAAACCUGGAAGAUCGAAUUGAUAGUGCUUUAAAAGCCUACCAUGCAAGCGAGAAGCCUGUGAUUUCAGUGCUGGCGCGUGAAUUUGAUAUUCCGUACUAUACCCUAAGGGGUAGAAUCAACGGUCGCAAAUCUCUUACCGGUCGUCCUGGGACCAACAAAGCCCUAGGUAUAGAGCAAGAAGGUGCAUUGAUUCAUUGGAUCGAUACCCUAAAUACUGCAAAUGCUCCGCCAACUGCAGAUAUGAUCCAGAAGUGUGCAUUGCAAAUUCUUCAUCGCCAAGAUCUAGAUCUAGAUCUUGGUAAAAAUUGGGCAUACCGUUUUAUUAAACGCCUACCUAAUAAAUACGCCUAUAUUAAGCAAAAACCAAUGGAAAAGGACCGCCUACAAGCAGUUACACCUGGCCAUCUUACUACUUGGUAUACUCGCUUAGGUAGUACUAUUCAGCGGUUGCAAAUCGGUUCGAAGAAUAUCUACAACUUUGACGAAAGCGGCUUUAAAAUUGGCGAAGGAAAAGCUCGAAAAGUUGUUUCGACUAAAGCUGGUCAAUCUGCUAGUAUUGGAACUGGCGGGCCUAGUGAAACUCUUACUUCAAUUGAAUGUAUUGCUGCCGAUGGCUGGGUAAUGCCACCUUGGUUUUUAGUAAAUGGUGAAUUUCAUAUGGAGAAUUGGUAUAGGACUACCAAUCUCCCUAACGAUUAUUGGAUUACCCCUACACCUAAUGGUUGGACCGACGAUAUAAUAGCCUUUCAAUGGCUUCAAUCAUUUGAAGAAAUCACUAAAAAUCGCUGUACAAAGACGGGUUUUCGGCUUCUUCUUAUGGAUAAUCACGGCUCUUAUCUUACCUUUGAAUUCGUCAAAUUCUGUGAGGAUCAUCAGAUUAUACCUUACUGUUUCAUCCCACAUACAACGCAUAUAUGCCAGCCGCUUAACGAUGUGCCGUUUCAAGUACUAAAACAUUAUUUUCCAUUGAUAAGGUUCGAAAUCAAGCCUUUAAAAGCCGUACAAUACGUUCUGGCUUUACGAAAUGCGGGAUUUCUCCUUUAA